UUGUUAGUGCUCUCGGUGGUUUCAAGCAAAAAUCUGAGAGACAGGCGACUCCCGUUACAUGCUCUUGUUCUCACGCACAAAUUCAUCCGUGUGCUCGCAAUUGAUCAGAAAGGGACUACAAAGAUCUUUGUUUAGUGCAAUGGCUUCUACAGAGGAGACGCAGGUCGCGGCGGCACCAGUCGUGCGUAAGGAGAAGGAGAAGAAGGAGAAAGUGCAGCAGUACACUCUCAAGACACCAAAAGGAACAAAAGACUGGGCUGAUAAGGACAUGGUCCUGCGCACACGUAUCUUUGACACCCUCACUGCUGUCUUCAAGCGUCACGGCGGAGUCACCAUCGACACUCCCGUGUUUGAGCUGCGAGAGAUCCUGGCCGGCAAGUACGGCGAAGAUUCAAAACUGAUCUAUGAUCUUAAGGACCAAGGUGGCGAGCUGUGUUCGUUGCGGUAUGACCUCACAGUGCCGUUCGCGCGAUUCUUGGCCAUGAACCCCACGAUCCAGUCCAUCAAGCGGUAUCACAUCGCCAAGGUCUACCGACGUGACCAACCGGCCAUGACAAAAGGCCGUAUGCGCGAGUUCUACCAGUGCGAUUUCGAUAUUGCGGGCACGUACGAGACCAUGGUUCCCGACGCAGAGGCUGUCGCGAUCGCCGUCGAGGGCCUCACCGAGCUCGGCAUCGAGGAGUUCACAGUCAAACUCAACCACAGAAAGAUCCUCGACGGAAUCUUCGCCGUCUGCGGAGUCCCCGAAGCUGAUGUGCGCAAGAUCAGCAGUGCAGUUGACAAGCUCGAUAAGGUGUCGUGGGAGGAUGUCAAGAAGGAGAUGGUGGAGGAGAAGAACCUGCCGGUUGAGGCUGCUGACAAGAUCGGCGAGUACGUCAAGCUCAAAGGCGGUAGAGAUCUUAUUGCCACCCUAGAAUCUGACGGGAAGUUGAUGGCGAAUGAGUCCGCGGCCCAGGGUGUAAAGGAUAUGGUGCUGCUCUAUGACUACUUGGAUGCCUUCGAAGCCUCGUCCAAGGUCUCGUUCGAUCUGUCGCUUGCUCGUGGUCUCGAUUACUACACCGGAAUUAUUUACGAGUGUGUGACCACUGGCUCCGCGCCACCACCCGCCCCCACGGAGGAAGCUGCUAGCUCCAAAAAGUCGUCUAAGAAGUCCAAGCCCAAGGAUGAGGACGAGGAUGUAAGUGAAUAUGUCGGUAUCGGAUCCAUUGCUGCCGGUGGUCGCUAUGAUGAGCUGGUGGGUAUGUUUGCGCAGUCCAAGAAGAAGAGCGUCAUGCCAUGUGUUGGUAUUUCCUUUGGUGUCGAGCGUCUAUUCUCGAUUCUCAAGGCGAAAGAGGAUAUGUCCAAGGUCCGCGCGACUGCUACCGACGUGUACAUCAUGGCAUUCGGUGGUGGAAAAGAGUGGACUGGUUUCCUCCCCGAGCGCAUGAAAGUUGCGCGCAGCCUGUGGAAGGCUGGCAUCAGCGCCGAGUAUCUCUACAAGUCAAAGCCCAAGCCGCGCCAGCAGUUCGAGGCGGCGGAUAAGAUCGGUGCGCCAUUGGCUGUCAUCCUCGGUCAGGACGAGUAUUCACAGGGCAAGGUCAAGGUCAAGCAGCUUGGACUUGGAGACAAUGCGGACGAGGGUAUAGAUGUUGCAUUGGAGGAUCUGGCCGAGUACGUCAAAAAGCAGCUUACGAUAGUCUAGAGAAAGGACAAAUAAUUGUACGUUGAGUUAAACUUUAUGCGUGCGAGUCUGUAAACCUUAUAAGAUAUACACGCCCGCGUGGUCGGAGCUUUGCGGCUCGUAUUCGCUUCCGCGAUUAUAUCUUCUCCAUCUUGGCCGCCAUCAUAAUCGCCCCUCCUCCU